CGUGUCGUAUCUCUUCCCAUAGCAGUCCCACUUUCGGCAUGUCCAAGAGGGUACUUUUGGCACAAUCUACUUCAGAAGGGGUCGCCUGUGGCGUCGAGAAGAAGCUGUGGUUCAAGACGAAGCCACUUGAUCACGAUUUCUGUCGUCGGGCGAUACAGCUUCAGCUCUGGACAGAUUCGCACGACGACCAAGGCUCGCAGGAUGCUCCAAAUCAUGCCUUAUGCACAUGGUUCGAGCUCUGUAUUCUUGAGGACAAGCACGCGACGCAGCCAGUCGUCAAAGACGGCAAGGAACUGGUAUGGACGUCACACUUUAACGUACUGCAUUCGCAUCGCCGCAUCGCCAGACACUUCGGUAUUAUCUUCGAUCGUCGUCGGGAGAUCCUCAACGAAGUAGGGAUUGGCAACUGUAUUGGAGUGCGCAUCUGCGCUCAGCACGUCCUUUCGAGGAAUUUCGCAUCUGGAGGCACAUUAACAGCGAAUGUCCUCAAGAAGGUCGAUCUAGUCUCCCCGACGUUGUGGACGUUGUGUACCUCCAACACUCCCAUCAUGCCUAAACAUAUUCUAAAUGGUGUCUACACUGUGACUGUGACGGCUACACAUGCUUGCCUCGUCGAAGCCGCCGAUGCUAAAGUGUACUCCCGUACGUGGUUCACAACUCCCGCCUUCAAUGCCGAUCUCCUCAAUCGUAUCAGAGACCUCCGUCUGUACACUUCUGCUCGUCAACAAGGCUCUGCUGGCUUCCCUCCCGCCAAUCAGUGUAGCUGGUUCGAUAUUGCCGUGCUUGAGAAGCCAGAUUCGAAACAUCCGAAAAUAAUGAACGGCCGUGAGCUGGUUUGGGUCAGUCACCACCUGAACACGGAACAUGUGGAUUGUGCGAACGACGAGGGGAGACUGUUCACGCGUGCCGAUAACCUGUUCAGCUUUCUACAGUCCGGUAAUGCCAUCGGUGUGCGUGUAUGUGCUCGCUUCGAAGGCAGCCAAAAUCAUGCAAAGGAAGGACGCCUAGUCGUACAUGUCUCGAACAAAAGCUACAAGAAGAGGCUGCGUACUGAAUUCCAACCUACGGUUGACUGGAAUAUUGUCACAAGAACAAACAAAGACAUCCGGAAUCAGCUACUAUCAACACUCCCCGAUGAUACGCAAAGUACUGAAGCGGAGGUUCUUGCGCAGCGACUCCGCAUAGAUCAAGGUUAUGGUGUUGCAGGUCGCCCUCUCCGCCUGCUGUCUCUUGACGGAGGGGGCGUGCGCGGCAUAUCGUCCCUCCACAUCUUGCAAAGGCUCUUUCGUGGCGAUGAGAAUGCUCGUCCGUGCGAGGUUUUUGAUAUGAUGGCAGGAACUAGCACUGGUGGCUUGAUCGCGAUCAUGCUUGGCCGCUUGCGAAUGACAAUUGGGCAGUGUAUAGAUGUCUACCAGAAACUCUCUAGGGAAAUCUUCGGUGCCACCAGCAUCACCCAGACUACUAAUAUGCUCAAGUCUGGGACAAAGUAUAAUGCACGAAUAUUCGAGAACGCCGUCAAGAAAGUUGUAGAGGAUUAUUUUGAACUCAAUAAUCCAGAGGAGGUGCAAAGUCACUCCCAGAACCUCAACAAUAAGAGAGUGACUCAUCUUCGUACAUACGACAACCCCGAAGUCAAUCCAUCCUUGGCCGAUUACAAAAUUUGGGAGGCAGCAAGAGCGACCACCGCAGCACCUGUGUACUUUGCACCCAUCGAGCUGGACGGCUACAAGUACAUGGACGGUGGGUUCGGAUAUAACAACCCAGUAUUGCAGUUGAUAACUGAAUCGCGCCUGUGUUUUGGCCCCGCUCGUCAGGUUUGCUGCCUCGUGAGCAUCGGCACCGGAGGCAAUCCCGAUAUCGCCUUCCCCAAGGGGGUCACCUGGUUGUUCAAGCCCACAAGUGUCAAAAAUAAUUUACGGCUCUUGUCGCUCCCAACGAGCUCAUCCAGCCAACAUUACGAGGCAGGUUUGCUUUGCGGGCCUGGUGCCUAUCACCGCUUCGACAUGGGAGAGCUCGUGUCAGAGCAAGAUUGGGACGUGAAGGUGCGUUGACAUGCCAUUGACAGGGUCGAUCGCGAUGUUCUUGGUUAUAAAGCCUGACGGUGGAUCCCUUGGAAGGCAUAUGGUGGACAGGUUGCAUUCCAUCUAGACGACCACGAGAAGCUCGGACAGCCUAUCGUGUCACUCACAGAGGAGUAUCUGAGGUACGGGGAAGCGAAAGUCGAGGCUUGCUCAGCAAGAUUGCUUUCAGACGUAUUAUAGGCCUGAUUGUAUGUCGCUGUCGCAGUCGAUCUUCAAGCUUCAGGUGCCGUACUUGCAAUGUAGUAGUAGUCCGUCAACGUUUCAACCUUCAAGGGAAAUGGUUGGGAAA